CCUAAACUGAAAGGUCGUCCCCGCAAGAAGACCACAGCAAUCAUUCGCACCAAUAAUGGCAAUAGCGGUACCGCCAACGGCACCGGCAAUACAAACACCCCCUCAUCCACCACAACCACCACUAGUAAUAACGGCACUCCCGUGGGUAAUGGGGGCGCCGGGUGUCAGCGGAGUUCAUCGCCGGAGUCCAACACGUCUGAUGAGAGCAAAACCUCGCAGAUUAGGACCACUCGGAGGUCAGCCCUAAAUAAGAGCAAUUCGACGGAAAAGGCUUCGGAGAGACAGUUGACGGCCGUUCAGAGACGGAACAGUUAUGUCAAGAAUGGUAGCAAUAGUAGUAAUAAUAGCAACGAUAAUAACGCCAAUAAUAAUCACACGAAUAACGGCUGUAAUAAUAAUAAUACGGCCGCUAAUGACAGUAAUAGCGACAAUACUGGGAAUACAAAUAGUUUGGGAACUACUGUGGACUUAGAGGACUGGACGGACGACGCGUCCGCCACGGCUACCGGCGCUAAGCUGAAGGAGAUGUGCGUCAAGAAUGAGCAGACAUUUCUCAAACAUCUCAAUAAGUUUAUGCGCGAACGCAAGACACCGAUCCAACGGGUCCCUCAUCUAGGCUUCAAACAAAUUGAUCUAUUCUUCUUCUGGAGUCACGGCCAGAAACUCGGCGGUUACGAGAAGAUCACCGGCAAUAAGCUGUGGAAAAAGCUAUACGACGCCAUGGGCGGUGACCCGGGUAGUACAUCCGCGGCCACGUGCACCCGACGCCACUACGAGAAGCUACUGUUGCCCUUCGAGAGGCACCUGAACGGCGAGUGCGAGAAGAAGACCCGCCGCAAGACGACGAGCACCAGUAGCACCGGCAGUAAGAAAGCCAAGAGUAAGGGCAGUGCCGUCAACGGCGUCAAGAGUAAGAAGAAGUCCUCAUCGACUAAGACAGUGAAUGGUGUGCCCAAAGGGAAGGGUAGCAGUAAGUGCAGUGUUCACGAAGAUAAUGGCGACGAUGACGAUGGGUAUAGCGAUUCGGUGUCGACGCCCGAUAAGGGCUCGUCCCGAGAGGGGGGCGGCCGGGAGUCGCCGAAAGAGGUCUCAGACGACGAUAACGACAGCACCGGUAGUAAAAAGCAGCCCAAACUGAUCGUGAAACUGAAUCUCUCGAAAGUGAAGAGCAGUUCGUCGCCAGAAGAUAGCGACGAAGAAGAAGAUGAUGACAACGACGCGUCCGACGGCCAGGACGUCGGCAGCGACGCCGACAUCAAAGACAUGGACUUCAAGCGCGACAUCGAAGAGGACUCGACGUCGAUGUCCAUCAAACGCGACGUCCAGCGCAUCGUCGAUGACAUGAACAGCGAUACGGAGGACUCGGAUAAACCGUUGCCGAAGACCUCAUCGCUGUUUGAUCUGAAACGCGAAGACCUCACCGAAGAAGAUGACAAUACCUUCGAUCCGUUGUCGGCGGCGACCAAGAAGUCUGUGUCAGCGCUGGCGGUCGACACCAAAACCGGCGCCGACCCGAAAGCGUCCGAUUCUGUGAUCCAUUUAAGUCCUGUCAGUGAUAUAGACGAAGACGACGACCCCAUAAGUGAUAUUAAAGCCGAAUCGAUGGCCAAAUCGUCUUCACUGCCGGCGAAACCCAUUGUCGACGCGAAGUGCGGCCAAAAGGUGGACAAACCGCUGCUAAUGACCGCCAGCCCCAUACUGGCCGGCAGUGCAAGUGCUAUACCAUCGGUGGCGAUGGCCAACAUCGCCACCAACACGGCCUUCCCAGUGGCCGCCUCUCCCCUCUUCUCCAUCUCCACGCUCGUCAACUCAGUCAAGACGGAGCCCCAGUUGACAUCACCGCCCCCGACAGCCCCGCCGGCGCCCUCCAUGCCCACCGCCGCCGCCCCGUACGGCACGGCCACCUACACGCCCAGUCUCACGCCUCCCAAACACCAUUUCGCGUCGUCGCCCAUAACGCCCCUACAGAUGAAGAAGGGCUACGACAAGGCGUACGACAAGUCCUACGAUAUGUCGUCAAACCGCAGACAAACCGUGAUUAAGACAACGAAUACUAAUCCACUGAUUGCCACACAAUAUACACCGCAGACCCACUACAAGACCAAGGGUUUUGAGUCGCUGCCCAUACCGGCCCACUCAUACCAGUCGGCGCUAUACCGGGUCGAGUGCGAGACGGCAAUGGCCGGCAAGAAAGCGCCGGCAGAUAUGGCGCAGGUAUACAACGACGUGCUGGACCUGAGCGUCAAGAAGCGGUGUCUGGAGGCGGACAGCCGUACGUCGCCCUCGCAGGCGCUCAUCGACGGCUCGGCCAACGGGCUCGACCUCAGCGUCAAGAAGCGUAAGCUGGAGCUCAUGGAUGCGCCCAAACACGACGUGCCAAAAGCCAAACACCUCCUGACCGUCUCGGGCGGCGACCACCGAAUCAGCCACUCAUUGACGCCGCCGCUCAUGUCAUCCCUACCGAUGGCGAUGUCGAUGGCGGCGGCGCUGCAGCACCGGUCGCUCACUCCGCUGCCACCGGCGCCCUCUCAGCCCAAAACGCCGCCCCAUAAGCUCUGCCCACAACCAGUCAAUAGUGUUCCUCAAAGUGUGCAGAAGUCUUCGCAACAGUCACUUCAUUAUCACCACAACCACCACCACCACAAUAGCGGCGCCGGCAGUGCUAAGCCGUACGCGCCGGCGGCUGACCCACAGAAAUAUGUUAAUAAUCACAACAAACCCAAUAAAACACCGCAACAACAGUCGUACACCACAUCCACGCACGUCCAUCUCUCGCCCCAUCAUCACAACGCCUACCAGUCCUCCGUCUCCCAGUCCCAGCAUCACAGCAAUAGCGGUCAACACCACCACCAGUCGUACCAGAAGUCAGUCCCGCAACAGGUGUCACCGCAUCAGCUGAAAGCCAACUCGCGAGACAUGAUGGCCGCGGACAUCAAACACCACGACAGACACCACCACAACCUGUCGGCCCACUCGCCAGCGGCCAUCCUGAAGCCACAGGUGCGCCACUCGUCGGGUCAGCCGUCUGUCUCGCAGUCGACGCCAUCGCCAGUGCAUCAGUCGAUGUAUAACUGUGUCGUCAGCCCCAGUAGUCACCGGACGUCGUCCUCGUCGACCAAAUCAUCGCCCGUGUCGUCGAAACCGUCGUCAAUGCACCGGCAGUCCAGUCCCAGCGUCCGGUCGGCCCACUCGGCCGCCGAACUCGAGUUAUCCGCCAAACUGUUGAGUCCGUCAUCGAUGAUGAUGAUGUCGGCGCUGCCAUCCAUACCCACAUCCCUCGUGCCCACAAUGGCGCACACGAAGUCCUCCCACCAAAACACCAUUACCACCACCGCGGCGCCGGCUAUAUCCGAGUACAACCCAUCGCUGCCCGCAUUCAACCCACUCCUGUACUCGUCGCCAAACCUCUGGUACGGCUCUGGUCUGCAUCCGAGUGUUUCGGCGGCCGGGGGUUCGCCAUACAUGUCGCCGCCCAACGCCAUGAGUCAAUUGUCCCCACACAUGUUGGCGGCCAGUCACCCGUUGCUGUCCGGCGGCUAUCCCGGCGCCGGCAUACCCGCCGAGCACCUGUUGGCCGCGGCGGCGGCCGCCCAGUUUGGCGGCGCUAAGGGGGCUGAGCUCGCCGCCUAUAAACAGCUCCUGGACCAACAUCAGCAACAGUCGGCGCCCAACCCAUACCAACUCCAACUCUUCCAACACUUUUACGCAACAAAAUAGUCGUUAUUUUUAACACAAGUUUUUAGGUUUUUAAUCAUCGAAAUGGAGGGGAAAGACGGGAAUGAAUGUCUCGUUUUCUCUCUCUAUAUCUCUCUCUCGAUAUCUCAUCAUCUUUUUUAUACAUACCAUAGAGUUUACCCGUAAAAGUGA